GGUAAAGAGGCAGCCGCCAAUCGCCCUUUAAUUACAGCGGAGAGCGGACUGCUGUCUCACUCCGGCGACCGGCUCUGCUUUUGUUCCCAUAACUCCGCCUCCUCGUCUACUCGCAGCUAGCAAUGGCGACCCAGGUUUACCACCGCAAAAGGAAACCAAUUACCUCCACCUCCUCUCCGUUCAGCAAACUUGAUGUCGAUCUCCUCUUGGAAGUGCUUAUUCGGCUCCCGGACCCUAGAUCCGCCGUCCGAUGCAAACCCGUCUGCAAGUUGUGGAACUCCCUAAUCCCCGCUCCCUACUUCGUCCCCCGAUUCCUUUCCCGCCACCCCAUAUCCGUCGCCGGCGAACCCAAACCCCCUCCUCUGACUCCCUCCGAGCUCCGUGAAUUGAUCCUGAGCUUCCUCCCCUUGCCUAGCCACAUCGAAUCCAAGUUCGCCGUCCUCGAUUCAGCCAAGGACUUGCUCUUACUCGGUUUCCCUCAGGGGAAAAUCGGCGACCAAUUGCACACAACGUACCUGGUCUGCAAUCCGUUCACCAAGCAAUGGGUCGCCCUCCCUUUAGCGCCUAAAGAGUCGGCGCGUUGUAGCUCGAUUGUGAAAUUAGUGUGUCAGCCCUGCAGUAACCCCCCUGCUCCAGAUUUUGUCCGCGAUGGUGAAGCUCUGUUCCCCUGUCAUUUUGGGUACCGUCGAUUCCGGGUGGUACGAAUGUACAAAUUGUGGAAAUCAGCUGAUACAAUGCCAGUAGAGGUGUUCUGUUCCAGAUCUGGCAGAUGGACGAAAUUGGUUCUCCCUGUUCACGAGGAUUUAAGGUGCUGUAUAGAUCACGGCCGUAAACGGGUGCUCUCGCUCAAUGACAAAUUGUACUGGUUGAAUAGCCGGGGCAGAGUUGCUAAGUUGGAUCCUUUCUGCCUAGACCAUACCACUCUUCCAACAUUAAUACAUUGCCCUGAUCCAACUUACCAGUCCGACUAUCAUUGGGAUGACUACUACGGCCCUUGGGCCUCAAACGGCUGUGUGCACGUAAUUCACCGCCAAAGCAGAUGGUUUGACUGGCAGCGUUUGAGUGUUUGGAGGGUGGAGCAACAUAAAGGAAGAACGGAUUGGAAGAGACUACAUGAAGUCGUAUGUGUGGAGAAUUUAAGGUGCAUCGGAGCGAGUUGCGAGACGGAGGCCUUGGGAUGGCGGCUUGAUGGAGUAAUCGGUUUGCAUCCGGAGAGAUCCGAAAUUGUGUUUAUGCGGUGCUGUCAUCCUCGUAGUAAAUCGUUUGCUAAUUUGUCCUGUGAUUUUGAGAAGAUGGAGUUGGAGUUCCUCGGUUAUCAGGAUAAAAAGUCGGAGGGUUCUGCUUAUCAUCAAGACGAGGAACUGCUGCAACAACCUAAAGUCAUUUUCUGGCCUAGCACAAUUCCAGACUACGAGCGGUUACGAAGUGCCUACAACGGAAGUUAUGAUUGUUGGCUUCCACCAAGUAAUUGAGCAACCUAUGAAUAUCUUUCUAGUACAUUGAUGCUCUUUUGAUCUCUAUUAAGCCUUUUAAAAUUGUGGGUUUUAUUAUGUUUGCUCGAGGGGUAUGAAAUUUUUUUUUUCUAUAUGAUGUGCAUUUUCUCCUUUCUUUUUUGACCAGGAUGUAAUUGAAUGG